CUGGCAGCCAACCAGGCCGGGGCAGCCCCUCCCACCAGAACCCCCACGGGAGGGGCCUCAUUGCAACGCAGGGAUUGCAGCGACCACGUGGAGGACUGCCCUAAAGCACCUAACUGGCGAGCAGAGGACGGCAUGUCGCUGAGCUCCACAGAACAUCUACACGAGGCCCCUUCUCUGAGACAGCAGUGUAACUCAUCUACCCAGGACACAGAAGUAAACGAGAGAAUCAGGCACAAAGAAGAGACAGAGGAGUAUUUUCCAGACGGGGGAAAAGAGAAAGCCCCGGAGGAACUAAGGGAAGCAGAGAUAAACCAUUUACCCAACAACGAGUUCAAAGUCAUAAAGAUGCUCAGUGGACUCGGGAGGAGAAUGGAUGAACACAGUCAGAAGUUUAAUGAGGAGUCAGAAAAUAUAAAAAAAUGCUAA